AUGGCUACCAUAUUAAGUCUGUCACAACAAUAUAUGCUUGCCUCAAGGGCUAAAGGCAAGCUACUAGCCGCAGCAAAUAAAAACAGUGGAAGAGAUCAUGAUUUGAGAAUUCUAGUAGGCCAUGCUAAUUUACUCGAUAGACUCUCCUCUUCAGUAGCCAAAUUCGACGAUAUCGUCUCCAGAAGUUCAUCAAAUGACUACCAUUACAACGAAGAAGAAGCUGAUGACGAUGAAUAUAGCGAUAGCGAUAGCGAUGAAGAACAGGAAGAUUUUGACAACGCUCCCCCAAAGUACCAGCACAUCCAUCAUUCGUAUGUGUCGUCUGACUCUGGAUCUGACUCUGAAUCCGACUCUGAUUCUGAUUUGGGAACAAAUUCAGAUUCUUCGUCAUCAGACUCUAUUUCAGAUUAUGACGAAUCGAAUGUUCGUUCCAAAUAUCUUGCAAAAUUACAAGAUCUACAAGAUGAUUCAGAAGACCUUGAUCCAAAAUAUUCUCUAUCAUCACAACCAGCUCUUUACAAAUGUCCAUCCCAAAAUUUGACGCUUUCAUCAAUAUCGUUAAAUCUGAUGUCUUCCAGGACGCAUGAAAACAACAAUGAAGAAACACAUGUCACAACGCUGCUACUAUCAGAUGAAGACUCUGAUAAUGAGAUAGAAGAAGAUCUAGGAACUUUAUCGCCAGUGUACGUUUUGUGA